CCGCUUUUGGUGCUGCCCGCAUCGACUGGACCUUCCAUUCCUUUCGCACCCCUCAUUGCGGGCCGUCAUUCUGGGCUCCCCCGCUAUCGCUACCCCGUGCCUUCCACUUCACUGUUGCUGCUCAUAGCCUCCAGGCUCCCGAUCUCUUCUCUAACGAAAGCCCGGCAAAUAGUAUAACUCCAGUCCCAUCUCGCCUUCCAACUGGUUGAGGGAACCAAGGCUGGACUCAAGUAACGAAUAGUAACCCAGAGCAAUACUAGGUACCUUACCAAAUGUGCUCUGAGUGGGAAGCCCAACUCUUUGUAUGAUUUAGUUCACGGGGCGCAUCUGACAGGUUUAAGCCAUCAUCCGAGGUUCACAGCACUCGGCAGAUCAGACUAUUAAGAGAAAACGGACUCGAGGAGUCCCGUCCACAGCUGGAAAUGAAGAGGAUCGAGUCUCCUGUCCUCAACAAGGUGUUGAGUGACAACGUAAACAGUGCACAGAUGCCGACUCUUUCAGAUAAUGCGCCCAAAGAACAGAUGGGUGAUCAAGUCCCUUCCUUCUCUCAUACACGGCCGAAUCCAGUCCUUGGCCCUGCAUUGAAACUUGGAGUCGGUGUGGGAACCUUGGGUCUCCUUACCGGAGCUGCAGCCGGCAUUAUUCGUUCAGCGCCCCCAGGAUUAUAUGCAGCGACAACUGGUAUUCAGUGGUUCGUCCUGAGUUCCAGUUUCUGGGGUGCUCGUCAGUUUGCUCUUAACUCUCUGGCAAACGGCGCCGAUUCUUCCCCUUCGAGCAACAAUUUCAUAGCAACAAGCUCUGCUGGUGCAUUUUCGGGAGCCACGGCGGGCUUACUUCGCGGACCGAGAAACAUCCUACCGGGCGCAGUCGUCUUUUCACUGCUCGGCCUGGGUGGCGCGGCUCUUCAGAACAGAAUCAAGUCGAAAGAGCAGUCUGAGAGUUGGUUCCGCAAAGUUAUUGACGGCAAAUGGAGCCCUAUCACCCGCAUUACUAAUGAGGAUUGGGAAAGGAUACUUGAGGAGAAGCUGCUGCGAGUCGAGACAGAAAUUGCCGUCUUGGAUGACUCGAUCGAAGAACUACGCAAGAACGAAAGGCAGACCUAGUUGACCGUGGUGCGCUUUGUACCAUUGAGGAUGUUUGUAGAACCAACGGCUAUGAUGGCGCAUAGCCAUGCCCAAAAGCUGCUGAGCUUUUUGACGACGUCCUAUUCACGAGGUCAGAACUCUCGCACGCUUCGAGAGGACGUGAAUGUUUUCUCUCCAUGAACCCCUUAUCCUGUG